GCAUGUGGCUCCGGAGCCACAGGUUAGCCACCCCUGGCCCAGGAUCUCUGUCUGGAGUGCCCAGCUCUGGGCCUACUUCCUCCUUUUGCUUUCCUCCCACUCCCCUAGGCUUGGUGUUUCCCACAGGUGUGGCAAGGCCAGUUCAGCCACUGUGUCCCGGUCAGAUCAUUAACCCCUUCCCUCCUUGCUCAAGUAGGGGGUUUGUGCUCCUUGACACACUAAUGCACUGGGUGUGUCUGGAAUGUUUCAUUUUCUCUGCCAGAUUCUGGAUUUUACACUUAUUAGUGGUUACAGGCCUGACUGCUCUGAUCCACCUGGGCCAUUGUGAAGUUCUGUCCUUGUGUCAUCAGUGCAUUUGAUCACAGAUGAAUUCACACUAACCCUGGAAAUGUAAAAGACGUUAACAGAGUCCAGGACCCAAGUCAGACAGAGAUAGAAAGAACUCUGCUUGGAGCCUUUGCCCACGGGACAUUUUCCCCCUAUCCCUCAGAGUGAAGCUUUCUCUGAAGACUGCCAAGGCAUAGCAGAAGCUUUUUAGAUGGCUAGACUGCCUCUGAUUUCAGGAGCACAUGCUCAGGCUUGGAAGGAUUCAAUUUUUGUUAUCAGUAGAUGUUAGCAAACAUUGAUGUCACCAUACACAGACAAACCGGUGAACAAAUAUUUCCAGUGGUGAUAAAAGAAAUUUACAGAUAGGCAAAGUAAGACAAAUGCUGCUUGGGAACUUCAGAGUCAGCCUGAAGGAUGUUUACUCUGUAUGUUCUGACAUGUGAUGCUGACAGUUUGUGCUUUGAUCGUUAUAACAUUUUAAUUUUUUGAAUAUCGGGGGCUACUGUCAUCAAAUAACAAUUGUCUGACCCCCUCGACUUCCCACAACUGUGAAACUUUAAAUAGAUGAAAGUAAAAAAACCCCCCAAACUUAAAUGAACAUAAAAUCAACUUCUGCCAAGCUGCUUAUGCUCCACUGAGCACCUGCCAGCCAAGUCUCCUUCCUUUAGUCCAGACUGUGAGGUCACUGCAGAGUUCUGUGAUGAUACAGCAAAGAACCUUCUAAGCCGUGCAGGGAACAAGAAGGAGAAGCUAAGCUGGACUCAUGAAUCCCCAGGUAAGAGCUCUCUUUGGGGAGGUCUCCAUUCCAGACUGGCUCCAUGCUGCUGCUUUCUCUCUCUCUUUUCAGAGCCCAGAAGAUGCUUCCCAAACCAAAGUUAGUUCCCGAUUUACACUGCUUCCUCGAGCUGACGCCAUUCGCUCCAAGCUGAUCUACACCUUCUACUUGAUUGACCACCUUCAGGGACUGAGCCAUGCCAUCCCACGGCACAAUAUCCAAGAUUUUCUUGACCCCAAGAAGCAGAGGAAGCUGAUGUUCACAGACCAUCACCAGCUGGUUCGUUUCAACAUAACCCCAGUCAGGAACACCAUCAUCACCCCAGAGAAACGCCUGCGCAACCGUAUCCAAGUGCGCUGCAGCCGCUGGCCUCCCCUGACCAUGUGGGCAUCCUGGGUCCUGAACAGUACCAUCUUCAAAAGCUUCAUCGUCUGUCUCAUCUUCCUGAACAUGCUGGUUAUUAUGAUCAAGAGCGAGGUGAUGAACAAGAUGGAUGCCAGCCUGAUGAGCCUGAAGCUCACCUUAGAGGUGACCGUCUGGGUCAUCCUCCUCAUUUUUAUCAUGGAGAUUUUGCUGAAUUGGAUUGUCAGUUUCAGAGGCUUCUGGAAAAGCAGCUGGAAUGUCUUCGACUUCAGCGUUACCAUAGUGUCUGUGAUCCCCGAGCUCCUGGACUUGACUGGCAUAACCAACAAGAUAGCUGCCAUGAGAAUCAUCAGGGCCUUUCGCAUCCUCCGCACCUUAAAGCUCUUCUCCAAAUUCCGGCAAGUUCGGGUGAUCAUCCUGGCAAUAGCAAAGACCUUGAAGGCCAUGACCUUCAUCCUGCUGCUCUUGGUGGUUUUCUUCUAUGUGUUUGCCGUAUCUGGCAUCUUCUUCUUCGAGAGCUACAGUCGGUCAGACCGCACCGACCUGGAGUACAGCAUGUAUUUCAGGGAUCUCCCCAACACCCUGGUGACACUGUUCAUCCUCUUCACCAUGGAUCACUGGUACGCCCUUCUCCAGGACACCUGGAAGAUACCCGAGAUGAACAAGCUCAUCAGCAGCCUCUACAUCAUCCUCUGGCUGCUGAUUGGAUCCUUCAUGUUCAGGAACUUCUUUGUGGCAAUUAUGGUGACUAAUUUCCAGACUAUCCGGAGUGAUCUGGCUGAAGAGGUGAAGCAGAUAGAGGCCCAGAAGAAAGCAGAUUUAUUUAAAAUACAGAUUAGAGAGAGGUCUCAGGCCUCAGGCUUGGAGGUGGGCCCAGGAGCAGAGGCAACCCCUAGCGUGCAGCAGCUGGAGUACAAGGUGGUAGUGAAGCAGAGCGUGAAGAACUUGGACUGGGAGACAUACAUCCACCAGAACCUGCAGAGCCUGGUGGAGGUAAAUGAGGAUGGGCAGGUGGUGUGGCCCAGUGAUUCCCUCUUCCGUUACUUCGAACUGCUGGAGCAGCUGCAGCACAACCUGGAAGAGCGCAAGAGGCUGCAGCAUUAUGCAGUCAUGGCCUUAUUGAACAUGGAGGACAAGUAGGGAGCCGCGUCCAAGGGGCUCAGUGCAGCAGGAGAACCCUUCUCACAAGGGGAGAAGUCACCACCACUACGCUGCAGAGAUAACUAAAGAACUGCUGCAGGAACAGCUGCC